UAUCACAGUGACGCAGAGUAAAUUGUACGUACGAUCUCGAGUGAGUGUCUCGUGACUGAGUCAUUCUUUUACAAUUUCUUCUUUUUAAGUCCAGGGCAUGCCCACAGAGCAAUAUUUGCUACUUCGUGCCGUGCACAGCUGCCAAGUGCAAGUUCAACACAUCUACCUCCACAAACCCCUUCCACUUUGGAUGUGCAUACAAAUUGAACGGGGGAUAGACUUCUUGAAAUAUCAGCUGGAGUUCCAGACCAUUAGAUUGUGUAGUCUGUUUUCAUUUUUCUGGAGAAUGAGGUGACGAUGGAAUCAUGAGCUCUUUGCAAUGUGCAGUAACUGGUAUCCUGCUGGUGUCAGUUCUGGAUAGAGUCAAUGGACGUCCAGCUAGGCUGCUAUUGCCAGCCAAUGAUUCACCUUCACCAGAGGACUGCCAAGCUCCUGACGAGUACUGGGAUACAGAAAAAGGAGAUUGUGCUAUUUGUGUGCAAUGUGGACCGGGACAUGGUUCAACAGCUGUGGAAUGUGGCUAUGGCAGAGGAGAAAAGGGAACUUGUAAUGCGUGCAUUGCAGGCGAAACCUACCAGGAUGAGGUAACAGCAGGGCAGUGCAAACCAUGUACACCGUGUGAUGAGAAUGCCAUUGUCAAAUCCAACUGCACCACAAAUCAGAACAGGGUCUGUGGUCCCUGCAAACCAGGGUAUGGCUCCCACUCUGGCCAUGAAGGGUUAUGCAGUCUGUGCCCUGACUUCAAUGAUGCAGAAAAGCCACCAGAAUGUGACGGGACUAGUACCCCACUACCAAUCAUUCAAGCUUCCCCAUCCACGGUGACAUUAAUCUCCAACACAAAUCAGGAAAAUGUAGGCAGUACCCAAAACGUUGCCAUGGAGACAAAUUUAGACACCACAUUUUCUUUUACCAGGCUGUCGAACGGUACAACUGCCAAACAAGGAACUUCAUCCCUGGGCAUUGGAUUGGGUAUUGGAUUGGGUGUCGGAUUGAGUGUGAUCUUGAUCAUCUUGUUAGUAUACUGCUACAAAAUAUGUCAACAAUGCCGACAACCUUCAGGACCGAGCAAACCAGAUGUGGUGGGUGCUUCACAGGAGGAGAAAGACAAACUCACUGGAGACCAAAGUGGAACAGACCAUGAUAAUACUGAAGCAUCAGGUGGUGGAGAUACUGAGGCUGAAAGGGUUACAGAUAUUGAUGAGGGUGCUAUUUAUUCUGCUUCCAAGCAAGAAGGUUCAGUACGCUUGGAGCUAAAUGCCCCAGACCAGACCCUUCCAAAUGGGGCUUUGCCAAUAGAUACAGACAACCCAUCCAGUGGAAGGCCUACAUUGGAAGAUGUGCAGAAUGCCCAGAACACUAAAGAACCGGGCCAUUCCAGCAAGAAUGGAGAUGUCACCGUAACUCCCAGUAGUUCCUGCCGGCAUGAUUCUACAGAUGGAAAUGUCUCUCCUCGCAUCAUGCUGCCCACCAUAGAAGAGAGCCCUAAUGGCCAGAGUGCAUCUGACAGACCUGCUCUAAACAGACAAAAUAGCAACAAGUUUCAGCAAAUCCUUGAUACGUUUUCAUCAAAGAUCACCAGCCAUUGUCGUCCAGAGUUCAAACGUAGUAUCUCUGAACCAGCUGAUGAAAAGAAACGUCAAGACAUUCAGCAAACAGUCAGUGGCAAACAAAUAGUGUUGCCUCUAACAGUACGGAAAAAAUGUAUUAAGAAUGAUAAAGAUAGAAAGCAGAAGGAGUUUGACAAGAAUUUCGAAAAAGCGUGCAGCUUGGGGAGAGAGAUGAAGUGGGAAGACUUGAGCAGCACAGUCAGGAAAGAGGUGAAUCAGAUGUUGACUGAAGAUAAAAAGGCAUUGUCAUCCUACAAAGAUCUCGGAGAAGUAUUUGGGGUGAAUCGUAAUUCCCAACUCAAGGUCUGCACUUCAGCUGAUGACAUAUUUGAAGUUCUUGCCACAGACAAGGUACCACCCAAUAUGGAAGUCAUCCUUCAGAAGUUGCUAGAGAUCAAGAGGUGUGACGUGGUGCGAAAAGUUGUUGAUAAUAUUCUGAAGCAGAAAUCUUCUUAGAGAUGUAACCUUGAUUUUGAAUUGGUACAUACCACCCUUUGAAAUGUCACAAAUAUUUCCUAUACUUUCAAAUAGGUCAGUUAUUGGGAAAUCACCUCUAUUUUUCACUCAUGUUUUUACUAUCUGUCUCUGUAGUGAGUCUGCAAUGUAGGAUACAUCAUUUGGAAUUUGUAUGUAUAUGAGAUUAGCUUUGUCGCUUGUGGGACCCGAGAACAAAACAGGUGCACAUAAUUCAGGCUUGGAACCUUGUUUGGAGUAGGCCAGGUCCACACAAGGUUAGUAGUCAAGGACACUAUCAGAAUCAAGCUAAAAAUGCUGAUCAAAGUAGGAGAAAAGGGGGGCAUCUUCUCAGGUAGAUCAGUUGCAGAAAAUACUGAAAUGUCCACACUAGGCAUGUAGUGUAGGCAUACAUGUGUAUAAACUAUGCAGAAGUGUAUAUGUGGCAUUUAAAGAGCAAACAUAACCCUGUAUUGGGCACUGUGUGUAGACUUCUUUCAGUCAAGGAGUUGUUCUUUUCCCUGUCUUUCAAAAUGAGGCAGUUCGGUAUUUCAAAGAGCCAAGGUCUUCUGGGAACAAAUUGCAUGCUUGAAGACAGACUAUCACGUGUUAGCAUAGCUGUUUCAAAUAGCCUGAUGCUGGGUAUGUGCUGUUGGAAUACCAAACUUGGCUCAUUAGUCAAAUACAUGUAAUCUAUUUCAGAAUGCUCUUUUUGCUGGCCAAAUAGUUGGACCAAGUUUGAUAAAAAUACAAUAUGAAACAUUCAUACAUUCUCAUCCUUUCUUUGUUUCCAAAGAGAGAAAUGUCAUUCCUUCGAACAUGAUAUUAGAGAUAACUGGAAAAUGCCAUUGAUCAACUUUUGAUCUAGGUCAUCAUGAUAAAAAUACAAUAUGAAAUUUUUUACACCAAUUUGAAAUUUCUGUUGAAUUCCUUUUGCUGCAGUGAUGAACAUUGAAAUAACAGUCGUCAGGACUGUCGGCAGAUUUUGCCAAUAUUUUGUCUUAACUUGGAAAAGAUGCCAUUCCAAAAAAUUUUUCAACACAGGUGUGAAUAUUGCAGCAGAAAGGAAGUAGAAAAAGCCACACUUAGCCUUCUGAGAGCAUUCCGUAAAUGAGGGUAAAAAAAUUAUUUUGAAUCUGACUUGCAGAGUAGCAUGUUGAAUUUAUAAGCUAACACAGAGAAUAUCUUUGACUUCGUGAGAUGAAAUCUCCACAAAGAGCUCUUUGAUCUAGAAAUACCAUAUGUGUUUAACACAGAUCUAACUUGUGAUGGAAAUCACAUGUAGGCUAAAAGUUAGCAUCCCACUUGAGAGUAGUGUAGUGUACGUGUAUACUAUCGCAAGACAGGUAAUGAAUCUAUUACCUGUGAGUCCUUUAGAUCUGUGAACGUAGUCAGCCCCCUUCCCCCGGCAGUGUACACCCAAAAGUUCCUGUUGGUCUAUUUGAACUGUGGAAGGCCUAAGGGGAGGGCAGUUUUUGGUAAAUUUGAGUAAACACAGAAUUUUCCCAAACCAAACAACGCUCUCCUGUUAGGUCAGUAAUACUUCAACUAGGCAUCUUUACUCUUAGGAUUCCCAACAGUUAAUGCUGCUCAGAAAGUAGAUCUCAGUUUGUGGAGUUUAACACUGCUUUUCAUUCUCUCACUUGUCUUCAAAUGGCAACUUGCUUCUUGUUGACCAUUCUCUUAAUCAUAGUGUGUGCCAAACAGGGAGACAUGAGUGGUAGAAUUCUGACGAUGCUGUACAUGUACUUAAGUGAGCUACUUGGCAUGUUACCGUCCAUUCAAAAAGUUGCUGCCAUUGCUAAUCUUUUGUUGCCUAAAGAUAUAUUAAUUUUUGGCUAAAAACAUUUUUAUUUCAAGUAGGCUGCAUUCAAACCCUACUUGUAUUUUGGAGUUUGCAAUCAAUUACUUACAUCUUUGUCUUUGUUAACGUUUUACACAUUUAAACCAGUCCAAUGUAGUUUAUCAUUCUUUCUUUCUUCUUUUAGCAGUCAUGCUUUGAUGAAAGAUUUUUUAAACAUUAACUUCAAAAAAGCAUUUUAUAGAUCACUUAAAAUUUUCCAGUGCCCCCCUAAAAAGACACUUUACUGUUUUAAGUUACAUUGCCAAAGGUCCUUCAAUUACGCUGUGUCAGUUUUACUAUCUUAUUAACAUAUCUUCAGCUAAUGCCUGCAAAAUUUGUUUCGUUUGUUGUGGCGUCAAUUGUGCCCAAAUCUUGAAAUACAUUCUCAUCCUUUCUUUGUUUCGAAAGAGAGAAAUGUCAUUCCUUCGAACAUGAUAUUAGAGAUAACUGGAAAAUGCCAUUGAUCAACUUUUAAUCUAGGUCAUUUUAGCAACCGAAAAGACCUCAGUUGGAAUACAUGGAACACUGGAGUGGUGGUGUUCUUGUUAGUUUAGUGCAAACCUGGUAGAUCUUUUUUAUGUUAUCAUCUCAAAGUAAGUUUUCUAAAUAGUAUGUAGAGACAGACAUUUAUAUAUGACCCAUCCCAAUGAAAUGAUACAGAAGUCACCAGAGCCACUUCUAAGAUGCAUUGUGCAAUUCAAGAUGAACCUUCGAUACUCCAUCCACUUUAUGUUCGGUUACAUCAUGAUACCAAACUUGAUCAUUCACCCUAAAAAAGCUCUUCACUCUUUGGAAUGUAAACUAAAAAUCACCGAAGCAAUGGCCUUAUGGCUCCUUUUUUUGCAGGAAUUGGUCACAGUAGAUCCUAGAUCAAUUUACAAGUGUACAUUGUAGUGACUUAAAUGGAAGUAUCAUUUCAGGAGUUGUAAUCAUGUCAUCAUGAGUGUGCAUAUGCCAAUAAUGUGCUUGCUUAUGAUUGAUCAGAUCACCACUAUGUAGUGUAGGGCAAAAGCCUACAGUGGUGCUAAUUUACAUGUAUUUGUGAUUUGACUUUGCUUAUAAUUGACAGGAUCACAACUUGCAGGGUUUGCCGAACCUGUACAUUUUAUGUACAGUAUUUCUGAGUUCCUCUCCUGCCAUCAUUUUUAAUAUUGAUAAAUCAGUGUUCCUGCCUUUUUCCAAGUUUUGCCUUAAUGAGGUUAUUGCUUUGACUGCCAAAGCCACACAAAGCAUGGGAAAAUCAAUUUAAUUUAACUAGAUUACAAUAUAUUUUGAUAUUAAGGACUGGAAUAUGUGUACAUAUUCGUAAGAAUUAAAAUGUCUGUAUAUUUUGUGAGGAAAUAAAGGUGUAUUAAAAAAAAUAAUAAGUUAAGUGAGUCUUGGCACUAAGGGCAUCCAUUGUCAUUUCUAUGGUUCUCAAAUUUAUGCCUGUAAAGUUGGUUUAGACAGUAAAGUGAACAAUAGAAAAGGCCAAAGAGUUAGCCAAAUGAAAAUGAUACUGGAUGCAUUAUUACUGUUUUGUAUAAUAUUUGUUAACUGCAGUUGGCUUUCAUAAGCUGUAAGCAGCGAACAGUAUAAUAAAAACCAUCUUCUGUACAUUGGUAUCAUUUACACAUACUUGCAUCAAAUCUACAUUAUACAAUUUUAGAGGGUUUUUUUUUUUUGGGUGUCAAUGCGGCAGGAAUAUAAUCAACGAAUAUCGGACCGAAAUGAGGACCAUAGAAAGAAAAGGAUGCCAUAUUGUUCAGGACUGCAAUUGUGAAUGUUUAGUUUGAAAGGUGUAUAAAUUUAUUCAAUAUUGGCACGUUAUGUUGCAUCAUAAGUAGGCUUAGAACAGUGCAGGUCAUAUCUGGCUUACUGCCGGCGAGUCCAGGUAUUAUGCAGGUUUCUUUGGAUAAAUGUAAGUGGUAAGUAAGGGUCUGUUCUGAAUUGACCUUGAUGAUAUCUGUUGGGAGUUACAUGUAGGUAGAUGCAUGCAGAGCAGAUUCUAGCCUCUCUUCAAGGAGAACUUAUCUUGGCCUCAGAAAGAUCCGCUUGUGAUAAAAUAUCUUGCUCGUGGACAUGAUGACCACUGUACUGUACCUUAUGGUCUUAACUCAUGGAAUAGAUAAUGCCUGUGUUCAAAAAGAAAUUAUGACUUUUCUUCAAAGUAAUUAGUUAAAUGUAAAUAUUUACCAUGUGCUUUCACAACAUAUGCAGGGUACAAAUGCAAAACAGUUGUUAUAAUCCUUUGUAUAUAAAAAUUUAUAUUUCAAGUUUUCAAGAUCUUUUUUAUUGAAUGUAUCAAUCCCAAAUUUGGUAUUGUCGGAAAAAAAGUUGUCAGAAGUAGAAAACUAUACAUGCAAUUAGGUGCUUCCUAAUCCAAGCUGAGCUUCCAGAGCUUGUUAAACAGAUAUUAUACAACUUCUUUUGCAUUUGAACCUCCUUUCAUACUUAUUGUUGAAGAAAAAAUAAAAGAAGGUGAAAUAUUGUGCUUGUACAUAAGCCAUAAUGUAGGAUUAGCCAACCAUGUGCUUGGAAAGUGAAAUCAGUACAUUGCAUAUGUAUUUGAUAUUCUAAAAUCAGUGCUAAACGUUCCAUUUAAGUUGAUCCGAAGCCUUCCUGUUGCAGGCAAAGAAUUUAACUGGAAAUGUGAUUUAACACCUGUUUUUUGCCAACUUGUGACCUGUCAGCUUUUGAUUUAAUCCUUACUUUUUUUUAAUGUGAUAAUCUGUUGAAGCAAUAAAACUUGUCAGAUUGCCACUUGAGGACGCAAUAAAGUGGUGCAGCGUGGAUUUGU